GUAUAUCGCAUCUCCCGAGUCUCAUUAAAUUCCGGUUGAUUGCGGUACAAUGGGCGUUUGAUCGCGUAAAUGUCUAAUCUUUGUGGAGCUUUUUAUUCUAUAAAUGAAUAUUGUUGAAGAACUCAAGUUACUGAAGGUUUCCAUAAUUUUCGUGAAUAUUUUUAAAGCAUGAUAUCAAUCUACGGUCUCCCAUCAACGUCGCGUUUCUGUUGCGAUUCAUUAAGUGAUAUUUAAGGGAGCAGAUUCAGUGCACUUUUUGACGGUUAGGUUUUAUAAUCGCAGAAAUGGCGGAUAAGGCCAUUAUGAAGCAAAUUGCUGAGCAAAAGCUGAAGGCAUUUUCCAUUGGUACAAUGGGAAAGAGACCUUUGAGUAAGAAGGAACUUGAGGAACAACGAAAGAAAGAACAGGAACAAGCUGCUGCUCAGGCCUUUGAAGAGUUUGUUGCUACAUUUCAAGAAACACCGAACAAAACAACAAGCAAAGUCUGGGUCAAAGCAGGAACAUAUGAUGCAGGCAAAAGACAGGAGGAUACAAGAGAAAAGGGGAAGCUUUACAAGCCUCAGUCCAAAAUUUCUGAGCUUGUGGAUAGUCGAUCGUCUGCUGAGCAAGCUCAGGAAUAUGCAAGGCUUCUUGGUUCAAACGAGCGGAAGCUUGAUCGACUGGGAAAGAAAAAGAAGGAAGGUGAAAAGAAGAAGAGCAAUCUGGAACUCUUCAAAGAAGAAUUGAAGAUGAUUCAAGAAGAGCGGGAAGAAAGGCACAAAUACAAAGGGGUUGUUAAAACUGUCAUUUCAACACAGUCCGAAGAUCCUAUGAUGGCUGCUCUGAAAUGUGUUGAAGAUGGGUCCUUUGACAAUGGUGACCCUAAUACCACAAAUUUAUACCUGGGAAAUUUGAAUCCAAAGAUAACAGAACAACAAUUGAUGGAAAUAUUUGGCAAAUUCGGACCAUUGGCGAGUAUAAAAAUUAUGUGGCCCCGUAGCGACGAAGAAAAAGCUAGACAAAGGAAUUGUGGUUUUGUGGCAUUCAUGAGUCGGAAAGAUGGUGAAAGGGCUUUGAAGAACCUUAACGGUCGCGACAUAAUGCAGUACGAAAUGAAACUCGGUUGGGGAAAGAGCGUGCCAAUACCGCCAUAUCCAAUUUACAUUCCGCCGGCUCUGAUGGAAAUCACGCAGCCACCACCUCCUUCAGGUCUUCCAUUUAAUGCCCAGCCGCAUCGCCGCGACAGACACAAGAUACCACGUAUCCGCAACCUCCAGAGCGCGGACCCCCAGGAGAAGGAAAACUUUGAAAAGAUUUUGCAGAAUGCCGUUGUCAAAGUGGUUAUUCCGACGGAAAGGAACUUAGUCAUGUUGAUACAUAGAAUGGUGGAAUUCGUCAUUCGCGAAGGCCCAAUGUUCGAGGCGAUGAUCAUGAACCGCGAGCUUAACAAUCCCAUGUUUAGAUUCUUGUUUGAGAACUACUCGCCUGCCCACACUUACUACCGAUGGAAAUUGUAUUCGAUUCUGCAAGGGGAUGGCCAGAAAGAAUGGCGAAUCGAGGAUUUCAGGAUGUUUAAGGGUGGAAGUGUUUGGAGGCCUCCGCCUAUUAAUCCGUGGACGCAGGGGAUGCCUGAUGAAUUAAUAGAAUUGGAGGAACGACAGGAGCCUAGGAGGGGUAGCUUAUCAAACAGUCAAAGAGAUCGUCUGGAAGAUCUCUUAAGAAAUAUUUCUCCGGAACGGAUAAAAGUUGCCGAAACGAUGGUCUUUUGCAUCGAACACGCGGAGGCAGCCGAAGAAAUUUGCGAUUGUAUUUCAGAGUCCCUUGGCAUUUUGCAAACUCCGGCCAACAAGAAAAUUGCUCGGCUCUACCUGAUAUCCGAUAUUUUGCACAAUUGUGGAGUCAAGGUGACCAAUGCGACCAUCUACCGGAAAGCAUUUGAGACCAGGUUACUUGAUAUAUUCAAUGAAGUCCAUCAAGCUUAUAAGCAAUUUGACAGCAGACUUAAAGCUGAGGGCUUUAAGGUUCGUGUGAUGAGGAUGUUUCGAGCUUGGGAGGACUGGGCUGUUUAUCCUAGAGAGUUUCUCGUUAAGCUACAGAAUGCAUUCCUGGGCCUUGUUAUGAUGGAUGAACCAGAGCCGGAGAAUGAUGAAGAUAUAGAUGGAGCACCCUUGUCCGAUGUGGAUGGUGAUGCUGGUGAAGAUUUAGAUGGAGUUCCAUUGGAUGGAGCAGCUCUUCUCAAAGGAGCUAUGAAGCAUGGUUUAACUCCGCAGCUGACAACUAAUUAUGAUGAUAUCGAUGGAGUGCCAAUGGAUGAAGAUAUCGAUGGGAUACCUAUGGAUGACGAUGAUAACAUGGGUACGCUCAAUAAGGAGGAUGACAAGAAGCCAUCGAUGCCUGCAGGUUUUGUACCUUCAAGAUGGGAAACUGUUGAUCCUGAUCAGGUUGAGGCCCAGGCAAUGACUACUAGCAAGUGGGAAGAAUUGGGUCAAAAUGAUGACUCCAAUUCACAGGAUGCCAGUAUGGAUUCCAGUGGUCGCGAUUACAAUGAGGAGAGACGUAACAGGCUACGUGAAAUCGAAGUGAAGACAAUGCAAUAUCAAGAUGAACUAGAGAGUGGUCGAAGGACUCUAAAAUCUGGAAUGACAAUUCAAGGUCAAGUUGAGCAUUAUCGAAAAAAGCUUAUCAGAAAGUACGCCCUGCAAUCAGAAAGGGAUUUAAAAGAUCUGAAGAACGAUGAUCGUGACGAUGAUCGAAGAAGAGAGAAGAAGCACAGCACAACACCGGAAUCACCAGGACAUCACAGAGAUCGGAGGCGAAACUCACCAAGCCCGCCAUCGAAGAGUAGCAGUAGAUACAGAUCUCGAAGUAGGUCACCGCGUAGCAAGCGUCCUCGAUCACGUUCGCCGUACAAGAAACGUGCACCAGUAACUCCAUCGCCGCCACGCAUCCGACGAACACCAUCGCCACAAUUUUCAUCGUCAAGAAUGAAUCGGCGAUCACCCGUUAGUGAACGAGGUGAUAGGAAACGACGUGCAAGAUCCCCAUCGCUAUCACCACCACCUCCUCCUAGAACCUCGACUUCUAAGCACAGAGCGAAUAGUCCUCCUUCGCCAUCUCCCAGGAAGCACAGGCACAAGCACAAAUACUGAUUAGUUAUUGAAUCCUUCUGUCCUUUUGCAAGUUUCUGCGAGUUUCUAAAACGAGAUCACCUAACUUAAAUAUUGACUACGCUCGGGAAGUUUCCAAUCGAUCAUAUUUACAUGAGACUAUUGAACUCGCUGAAUAAUAUUUUUUUUUUUUUAAUUCGAAUAUGACAAUUUGCGAAACUGAUAGAUACUUGCACAUAUUUUUUUCUGAGUGCAGUUCAAUUCAUGAGACAGUUUUGAAUACUUUUAAGUAUCCAUUUUGGUCCAUUUGAUGCACGAAAUUAUAGAGAUACUGCUGGGGCGAGAUUCCGAUCUUUCGUUUGGAAUUAACGUAAAGUUAUUACAUCCUUUGCUCAUAUCCAUUCAUUUUUCACGCGGAAGUAUCAUGUUUGAAAAUGGCUGAAACGUUUGGAAAUAUUAAGAAAUUAGAUGGACUUGUAUAAUUGUGAUUUAGAAAAGAACUUUGAGUCUUUUUCACAAUUUUGUUUUGAUAGAAGACAAGCCAAUACUCUGUGUUUUAUAAAAUUAAUCUACAUCGAUAUGUGCAGUAUUUACGAAAAUAGUUGAACGUUUAUCAUAUUAGUUUUUUAAAUUAGCUGAAAGAAUGGAUAUUCUGUCUUUUUCUAGCAAGUCGUAAAUCCAUUAAGAGAAUCCUUUGCCUGAUUUUUCCAAAAUUAUUAUUGUACAUAGAUUGGAGUUUAUCGGCAAAGGAUUUUAAUUCUAAUCUAUUGUUUUUUUUUUUCCAAUCAUGACGCGAGCUCGAUAUUUAGGGAGUGUUUCCAAAUGAAACGGUCCGCAUUUUGUGUUCACGCGUAUCAAAAGUCAUGUAAACUGGAUCGUUGUAAAAAUAUGAUGGAAAUAAAUUAAAAUCUAGAAAUUC